GACCCAUCGGACGCCGAUCAACGCUGAAACGUCACGUGUCAAGAAGGCUUCCCAGCCGGCGGAGGCAACUACGACGACAGUAACGACAGCGACAACGGACAGUGCUGAUCAAGGCGUGGCGCGAGAGGUGGAAGAGCGGGGUCUUGGAGGCUGAUGGCGCAAUUCUGGAAGCCAGGUACCGCGCGGCCAGGAUCCACCCUCGAUCGGGCGACGGAGAGCGAGGCGGUCAUCCAGGCAGGGCCAUCUCGAGACCAGUCUGGCGGCAUACAGGGGCAACGGUCUCGGCUGCCAAUAGCCAAGCAGCGCGAUGCCAUUCUUCACAUGGUUGAAGAGUACCCCGUCGUCGUCGUUGUGGGCCAGACCGGGUGCGGCAAGACAACCCAGAUUCCGCAGUAUCUUUUUGAGUCGGGCUGGGCCUCGGGCGCAAGGCAAAUUGCUGUGACGCAACCGAGGAGGAUCAGUGCUGUCAGCGUCGCAUCGAGGGUCGCAGCCGAGGCCGGGUGCGUGCUUGGCGACGAGGUUGGCUACACGAUUCGGUUCGAGGACCUUUCCCACCCGACACGGACGAGAAUUCGGUACUGCACCGAUGGUAUGCUGUUUCGCGAGUGCAUGCGUGAUCCUCUCCUGAGUCGGUACAGUGUCGUAAUGGUGGAUGAGGCCCACGAAAGGGGGGCGUACACGGACAUGCUCCUGGGUCUCUUGAAAAAAAUCCGCAAAAAGAGGCCGGAGCUUCGAAUCAUCAUCUCGUCGGCGACUAUCGAUGCCCAGGCUUUUGUCUCAUUCUUUGCUGCCGAUAGUCCGGAGGGAGAGGCGGCGAUCAUCUCGCUCGAAGGCAGGGCUUUUCCUGUGGAGGUGGCCUAUGCCGCCAACGCUCCGUCCGACUAUGUCGAGGCUGCCGUCGAUGCAAUCUGGUCUGUUCACUUGAGGGAACCGCAAGGGGACAUCUUGGCCUUUCUCACCGGCCGGGAAGAGAUCGACCGCUGCUUGCAGGCCCUCGCUGAUCGCCAGAUCAACAUGCCCACUGGCUCUUUGCCUCUUUUGCUGCAGCCGCUGCACGCAGGCUUGACGCCCGAGGAACAGUCUGCCAUUUUUGAGCCCGCCCCUCGAGGCCACAGGAAAUGCGUCGUGGCCACCAAUAUUGCAGAAGCCAGCGUCACAAUUGAUGGCAUCCGGUACGUCAUUGACUGCGGCUUCGUCAAGGUUCGCCUCUUCAAUCCAUCUACGGGCAUGGACAUUCUUGCUGUCGUGCCCACGUCGAAGGCGUCGUCUACCCAGAGAGCCGGUCGGGCAGGCAGGACAGCGCCUGGAAAGUGCUUCCGCCUCUACACAGAAGCAGCAUUCCAAAGGCUCCCUGCAACGACACCGCCGGAGCUUUCCAGGUCGGACAUGUCGAUGCAGGUGCUGCAACUUAAAGCCCUGGGCAUCGACAAUCUGGCCAAAUUUGACUAUCUGCCCCCCGCCCCUCCCAGUGAUCUCCUUGCACAAGCACUCGAAUUUCUGGCCAGCCUAGGCGCGCUCGACGAUUACGGCCGCCUGACCAAGCCGCUUGGAGAGCAAAUGGCUGAGAUGCCCGUCGAUCCGAUGAUGGCCAAGAUUCUCCUUGAGUCUGUCACCUUCAAAUGUGGACACGAGAUCCUCAGCAUUGCCGCCAUGACGUCGGUCUCGACCCCCUUUCUCAUCCCGGAUGAAGGCAAGUCGAAAGCGGGAGCCGAAGGCGAGCUCGAGCGACGCAAGUUCACGGCAGAGGAAGGAGACCACCUCACGCUCCUCAAUGUGUACAACGCCUUUAUCAAUCCCCGGGUGGGAAGACAGAGCGCGAGGUGGUGUGCUCAGCAUCGUUUGAAUUUCAGAGCGCUGAGCCGAGCAAUCAGCAUUCGAGGGCAGCUGGAAAAGUACAUGAGGAGGUUCAGCCUUCCCAUCGUUAGCUGUGAGGGAGACGCCGUACGAUUGCGGAAGUGCCUGACGAGCGGCUACUUCAAGAACGCCGCAAAGAUGUCGUUUGAUGGGAGCUACCGGAGCGUGCGCGAGAAUGCCGAGCUCUACGUUCACCCAUCGUCAGUCUUGUUCAACCGAUCGCCCAGCACGAAGUGGGUAAUCUUUCACGAGGUCGUCGAGACGCAGAAGCGCUUCAUGCGCGAUCUCACCGUCAUUGAAGAAGAGUGGCUGCCCGAAUUGGCACCGCACUUCUACGAGCGCAGGACCAAGCUGUCUGGUCCGUAGCUUGAGAUGUAUUUUUAGCAAUAUUCAGCGUCUUGUCCAAAAAGUCAAUCUCUCCAC